AUGCCUGUCGUUGAUUCCGUAAACGAUCGACAAGAUUUUAUUAAUUUAUUAUUUCAAAUUGUCCGAACACCCGGUGACAACAGUAGUUUAGAUAGCAAUGGAGAGAACGCCAUAAGAAAGGAUGAUACAUUAUCGAGAAAAAACAGUGUGGAUGCAGUUGGAGUGAAACAAGAGCCAUCAUCGUCAUCGCCACCACCACCGCCGCCGCCGUCGUCACCAUCACCACCACCACCACCACCACCAGAAGAAAUUAUUAUUUUAGAUGAUGCUGACAGAACUAAAUCAUCAAAUAACGAGAUUAAUGAAAAAGAAGUUGAAAGUGGAGAAAUAACAGAAUCAGAUGAAACGGAGAAUGAAGACAAUUUGGAAGAACUUAGUCUACGUUUAAGGGCAUUACGAACUCUGCCCGAUGUCACAGAACAUGUUAAAAAAAAAAAAAACUCCAAGUUAAAGAAAAAACGCCUUGGACAACAGCAUCAAUAUCAACAAUCGUCUCGUAGUUUUAAAAAUCAGUCAUCUCGAUUUGAUAAUGAUGAUAUUGAUUUGCGUUCUUAUAUAAAAAAAAGAACAACGUCUUCCUCUGCUUCACGUCUGUCUCAAUCGACACAGCAACAUUCGCCAACUAUUAAUGAAUUUCCUCAAGAUAAAGAUUAUCGUCCGAAUCGAAAUCAUAUUGUUGAUUUAUUGAUUUCUCUUAUGUCGUCGUCAACAACUGACACUAUGCAAAAACAACAGCAGUCACCAGCAUCCAUACAUCAAAAUUCAACUCAGUUUGCUCAACACGGCCUGUUACCAAUUCCACUCAACAAUAUUAAUAACCUGCAGCAGCAAUCUACACUAACCGAUUGUUAUGAUGUUCUUCAAAUGGAUAUCGAAGAUCAAACGCAAUCCCCAUCAAAUAUAAUCUCGCCUCCUUUGACAUGUUAUGACCAAUUACCGCCGCUUCCCCCACUACCCUCAUCAAUUCAAAAUUCUUACAACUACUUCAAUCAAUUUAUUCCUCUUCAUCCAACAUUUUUGCGUCCACCUCAACAAUCGUGGCCUUUACCUAAUUUUAUAACUCAAAAUGCAAAUCCUUUUCCCACUGCACCAUUUUGGCGUACGACACCACCUCCGGAAAUACCAGUCCCUACGGCUACGGAUAUUGAUCUCCGACAACAACCUUCUUCAUUAUUAACAACAGUAUUACAACCCCCUCCGCCUCCACCACAAGCAGAGCAACAAUCUGUGACAUCUUCUAACAAACGCAUUAUUUUGAUGAAUUCAGAUAAUGUUCUGAAAAAAGUGCGUCGAAAACGCCUAAGAAAAAUAUCAAAAAAGCGACGCCUUGAGAUGAAACAGCAACAACAAACACAAGUCCCUAUCAUGGUUCAAGACCAAUCAGAAGAUUUACAACCAGAUAGUACCACAACAGUAUUAACAUCCACUACUGAUGGAGCUCAAUCUACUAAGAUACCAUUAUCAACCGAGAAUAACGAUGAAGAUUUAGAGGAAUUAAGUUUAAGACGGCAAUUAUUGGAAAAUUUAUCAUCGAAAAGGCGAAAAAAAUUAGAAGUUGUGCCACGUUCCGCUACUGCUGUAUCUGCACCGAUUUCUCCCCCGGUUCUACAAACUCAACAAGCUAAAGUAGCUCCGUUAGUGAAGCCACUUGAUUCUCCAACAAAAUAUUCGGUAAAUCAACGGUAUAAACGCGUUAAAGCAACUGUACCAAUGACCAAUGGUAGUCACGUUGCACUAUCGACAACAUCUUCAUUCAACAAUACUCUUACCACUAAUACGACGACACGAAUAAUACCUCAGACAAAUGUGACACCAGCCCAGAUUGCUGUAACAACACAAACAUUAUAUCAGUCGAGAAGUAAAAUAAUUCGAAAAGCCGAAACUGAAGCUGAUCUUCCACAAUCCAGACCCGUUAUAGUAACAUUUGAUCAGUCAUCUGACGAUGACGAGCAAACAACCAAAGCCAUAUCACUUCGAACUGAUACCCUUACAGUUCCAAACUCUGUUCAACAUGAUGAAGUCGAAUCUAUUCAACGUUUGCAUCAACUUCACGAAGAAGUUACACGACGUUCCAAUGUCGCUGUUCACUUAGCUCAACCAACUCCAUCGAUAAAUAAAGAAUCAAGUUUAUUUUCUACAUAUGAAAUAGCCGAUUUACUUGAAAAGAGGCGUUGUUUAUUGAGCGAACAUUCGAAACUGGAAGAAGUUAAAAAAAGAACAAAAAAGAAAAAACUUGAUAACAUCAUGUUAACACGUGAAAUAGAACAAUUGGGAGAGAAAUUAUUGAAAUUAAAAUCACAACAUACGGCAAAUACAUUAGAUAUUACUCAGUUACAGAAAGAAGCCUUACUAAUAACGGAAACAAUAAAAAGUCAAGAAGAUUUAAUUCGACAGUCAACAAUAUUUAAUUCAAUCGUAUCAACAAUAACAAAUAAUCAGCCAUCAAAUAUCGAAACUGUUCACGUUCCAAGAGUAAUUGCUACAAAUCUGUUAAAAAAACAACAACCGGUUGUUGAUAUUGAUUAUAAGAAGAUUUCAACUCAACUUGAUACAUAUUCUACAACAGUUGAUAAUACCUUAUUGAGAACACGAUCAUUUGCACAUCCAAACAGUAAUGAUUAUUGGAAAAAUUGUUUGCAGUCGUAUUUUAUUGAUUUAAAUCGACCAUUUUGCCCUUAUGAACUUCAAGGUCUAUGUAAAGCACAAAAUUGUUCAUUUCAACAUCAGCAUCAAGUAGAUGAACGAAUGAACACAUUUUUAUCUAAAACAGAUCCACAAUUACAAUUUUUUCACGUCACACAUGAAGAAAAAGAACAUAUUUUAAAAGAAAUUAAACCAGUUUGCUCAUUAAAUCCAUUUGAAUUCGAUGAAACCUUGUUAGAAAAUAAUAUCACUGACAAAAAGAUACAACGUUGUCGAAGUAAACUUGAACGUUAUCUAUCUGUAUGUACUGAAGAAUUUCGAUAUUUUCGUGAAAAUACAAAGAGUGAAAGCGUAUCUGCGAUCCAUCCAUUAUUGAAAUUAGUGGCAAAUGAACUUGACUCUAUUGAUUUUUCUCCAGAACAUACUGUAGCUAUGUUGUGUGAAGGACUUGAAUCCAAUCGAACAAGCAGUGAAUUAUGGUGUUUCUAUCUAGAAUUUUCAAGUUUAAAAAUGUCUGAUAUUGAAAUUCAACUGUUAUGUUCAGCAUCAUUAAAAAACUCUCAAAGUUAUGAAUUAUUUUGGACUGUAAGUGUCUAUACGUUUAGGGUGUAG